AUGGCGCUGCCCCGAGCGUGGCGAACCGAGGAUGCCACAAAGGACGACCGCUGGUUUCGGGACCUCCUGGAACAGGAGAAAGAGGCAAAUGGCAUCCCCGGUCUCUUCCGCUGGCAGGUGCAGGCCCUGAGCAACGGGGACUUGACCGAUACCGAGCGUUUGGAUGGGCUUCAGAAGGCCCACUCCAGAUCCAAGCGCUCGAAAGAUUCGGACCCUUGCGGCUGUGGCGACUUUGCAGUCAAGCCGCAACCGGAGGGAUCCCAGCAUCUGAUCCGGAUCCGGGACCAGGCAGCAUCCGACACGGCCACUUUCCACAAAGAGCUGCGAGGAGUCCAGCGAGACCUGCAGCAAUACCUUUCAGAUGCUCUGGCGCAAGAUCCCACUGAGGCUGAGCAGUUGCUGGCGCAGACUCGCGCGUCUGGCCUGAGCAAAGUGAAGGAAGCCACCGCCCUGCUGGAAGAACUUGUGGAUCCCAACAACAGCACACUCUUCAGCGACAUUCUGCAAGCCGAGCGGACUGGGGCGCAAGCGUCACAGGUACUGGACAGCAAGGAGAAGCGGAAGGCAGAGUUUCAGAACAUCAGGCACAAGCGCGCUGAGGCUCGUUUCGACGCGGUGCAGGCGUCUUCGCAGAGCAUCCUCUCUCAAUGCAAGCGCCCGUCGCACUUGAAGGACAUCCUGUCCAAGAGGGCAGAGGCGGAUGGGCUCCGGGUCCGUGCAGAGCGCUGCGCGUCCGUCCGCAAAGUCCUGACCACGACGGUGGACAAGAUGGCAGCCUACCAGCAAGCGCAGGAAGCUCAGCUCAAACAGGCAGAAGACAAGCGCCGUUCCCAGUCAGUGGAACGAGCCCAGAAACACAAGGAGCUGGUUCAGGUGUUGCAGUCUCUGAAGAAGGUUGCCCAAGAGUAUGCAGAUGCUGACAUUGCCGUGCAGGGGCAAGAGGUUGCGAUCAAGAUCUUGCGCGACGCGAUCGCGUGCACGAAAACAGAGGAAGCUUGCAAGGAGUGCGAGCGGGUGGCGCUCGAAGGGGAGGCCGAGAUUCGCAAAACGGUCGAUGCCCAUGCGAAGGAGCUUGUAAAGCAAGCUGGCCCGGUGUUGCGAGGAGCCUAUGACAGCGUCUUGACGGUGCAAUCGCUGUUGCGUCACAUGGAGACGGAGAAGAAGGCACAGAUUGCGCACUACACCUCGACGAAGCUGAUGCUGGAGGCGGAGCUGGGCGACAACGCAGCGGAGUUUAAGGAGGGUGGCGCAGAUGUCUGCUCUCUUCAAGAGAAGCGGGCGGACUUGAAGGAAGACCUGGCCAAAGUGACCGGCUUCCUAAAUGUGGCCGAGGGCGGGCGCGCAACGCUGGGAGGCAACAUCAGCACUGCGGAGGCCCAGAAGGAAGCCCUCCCUGCUCUUCAAGAGCACGGCUUUCUCAUCGAGAGGAAGGCCGAGGACGACGCCAAGCAGUGUGCCCGAGCACAUUUUGGCGAGUUUCAGGUGUUCCCCGCCGCCGACCAAGCUCUCCAAGCUGCAUCCGCUUCAGAUCGCCGUCUCGCUUGCGCAGCGCUCGACAACUGUCACAAGGUUCUGGAGUCAACACGGCAAAACGGGCCCGUGAACUUCCAGGAGGCUGUGGACAAGGAGGUGGAAAAGAAGAUGAAGAUCUAUGGUUCCCAGCUCAAGGCGCAGAUCCUGGCGGCUCUGAAGCCAGGCCCGGCGUCCGACGCAGGCUCCGACCUCGGCUACACCUUUGUGGAGGACACGCUCGAUGGCCAGCUUCCCACUCCCGAGGUGACACCACCUGCAGGCGAUGGGGCCCACGACUGA